AUGAUUCCGGUUUCCUGUAACGUGGCUGUCUUCUACCAUGAUCCUAUUCAUGACAAUGUCAACUGCCUCCAUAUUCACUGCCCCACGCUGGAGAGCUGCAUAUUAGAGCCCGGAACCAGGGCCAUUUUAUACAACAUAACAGAAGGUAUAGAUCCAGAUUUGCUGGUUUUUGAACAAUCACCUCCCACAUAUCUAAAUACCCGUUCUUCAUCUAACACAUGGGACAGACUAAGGAUUUUAAAAGCUACACAUUUAGAUGAACAACAAACUACCGUGAUAAACCAAAUGCUACCAUCAACAAAGGCACCAUCAUCAACCCCACAUCAAGAUUUGGUUGUCAACACAAACAAUACCAGGCAUUCCAAGGAAUUAACCACAGAUUCCUGGGCAAGACUCAUUUCCCUGAAUGACUCCAUUACCACAGAGGUAAAUAUGGUGUCACACAGCACUGAUUUCAUCAAUAACCCAGAUAACAAGACUAUUUCUCCUUUCUUUGUUCCCAUAGACACGAAACUUUUCCAUAGGCCUAUUCCCUCCCAAGUCAACAGUAGCAAGCAAUUACUAAACAAAACCAAGGGGUCCAACAGCAGAAACCACACAUGUGAGAAUGAAGACAUGACACCUGAAUGGGCAUCUGUGACUUCAAAGAUGUGGCUGGCUCCGGUGGCCCUCUGUACCUCUGUCAUCUUUCUUUGCUGUUGUAUAAUCAUCCUGGCAUCUGGAUGCUGUAGAAAGCAGCAGGGCCAGUAUAAGCCAGGACAGAGAAAGUCAGGAUCCAAGCAUAUUAAAAAAUUUAACAGUCUAAAGGAGAACUCUUAA